AUGCUGAACAGAUCGCUCCGGCAUUCUACACAGCCCAGACGUGGUUUUAUCUGCCUAUCUUGCCUAGUUGUCGAUGCUGGCCGUCUCCAUCAUAUAGCUCAAUCUUCCCGUCGUUCUCUCACGACCGUCCCUGCGGAGUCAGAAUCAUCAACUCCCUCUAUUUCCCAGUCUGGUGACAUAACGACCUCCCUAUUAACCAAGAGUUUCCAUGCUCCACAACCCCCCUUUGGCAUACCUCCGGUGAGUGGUUUCCUCCAGCGUCAGAGUGCCCAUGUGUCUAUCCCCGUUUUGAUGUCGGGCCAUGUACUUGCUACCUUAGACGCGACCCUGUUGUCACGUAAAACUGAACUGAAAAAUGCUAAUAUCUCGUUGGUUUGGAAGACCACACCGGGAGCCGGCAAGCCCCCGAAGAAGUCACAGCUCUCAAAGAAGUCACAGCCGUCGAAGAAGUCACAGCCCCCGAAAAAGUCGCAGCCUCCGAAGAAGUCGCAGCACCCGAAGUCCGGAGGUGAUGUGUGUGAUGAGCCUCAUCGAGCAGUGCCAACUCCUCACAAAAAAGCCAGGCUGAAGAAAAAGGCCGCCCCUCACCAUGAAGUGCAAUCGCCCAGUCGAGGAGCCGUCCCCGCUCACCAACGUCGAUCUCAUCCUGGUCAUGGUCAUGGUCAUGCUCUUGCUCCUGCUCGUCCAGGGCGCCCUGCUUUUUCACACCUAUUUCCUAAAUUUCAACCCAAAAACUCAAAACCGAGAAAGUUUAAGGGUGAUGUCCUGCCGACGAAGAAACUACACAGCGGCGUCUUGGAGUCAACAAAUGCGCCAUUGGUCCAUGCAGCUCUGAGCAUAGAAAACCCUCCUGUGCCAAGACUCUGGUAUGGUCUCGAAAGGGCUUUGUUCAAUCCUGGUGUUUACCAUCUACAAGACCCGAGGACACGAGUAUACAAUUUUGAUCCCUACCUGGGAUCUAUUAUGCCUGUGAAGGAGUUCGAUUUUUCCGCCCUCAAUGAAUAUCUCACCUCCUCUCGAGAUGAGACAUUACGCGACUUAGCCCUGCGUCACGAAAAGAGAUACAUAGGAUCCUCCUCCAGCAUGACCUCCGUUCUAUCACAUUUCCACUUCCUACUCUCUGCCUGGCGGCCCCUGAAUACCAGUUAUGUCUCCCAGGGCUUUUAUGAACCGGCCAUGAACGUCACGCGGAUCCUGCGGGCACCUUCCGCGGUCUUCUUACGUUACAAGGAUGGAGUCUAUGCUAUUGAUGCCGACAAGGAAUUCGAUAGCGCCAACAUUCUCAUGAACCUUGGCAGAUCUAUGGAAAAGCUACUCACGAUGCCAACUGAAGAGUUUGAGCGAUACCGAAAAUCCAGUAGCGACAAAGUUACACCCGAAUCUGUAGCUCCUGAGUCUUUCCAUUACAGCACCUGUGGGAACUUCUUGAUGAGGGCACAACUCGACGCCCAUGACCCCCGACUUCCAGGCACCGGCAUGUUUGACCUGAAAACGCGUGCUGUUGUGUCCAUCCGGAUGAACACAAGGAACUACGAUCGUGGAAUUGGAUACCAGAUUAAAGGCCGAUUUGGAAUAUUCGAGUCGUUUGAGCGAGAGUACUUUGAUAUGAUCCGCGCAGCCUUCAUGAAAUACUCCCUACAAGUUCGCGUUGGGCGUAUGGAUGGUAUAUUUGUUGCUUUCCACAACAUCAAACGCAUCUUCGGAUUCCAGUACGUCAGCUUGCCUGAGAUGGAUUUGGCUCUUCAUGGCCAAACGGAUACAAUUCUUGGAGAUACAGAGUUUCAGCUCAGUGUCUCCCUGUGGGACAAGAUACUGGCCAAGGCGACUGAAAAGUUUCCGAAACAAUCAUUACGCUUCCACUUUGAAACUCGCGACACUAAAAUACCACUCAUGUACGUCUUUGCAGAGCCCAUGACGGAGGAACAAAUCAAUGGGAUUCAAAACCGCAAUAAAGAAGAGAUCGAGGCUAUACAGAAGAAGCUAUUGUUCUCAGAGGAAGAAGAGCCUGAUCGCGCUAAAGCUGAAGCUAAAGUUGAAGCUGAAACAGCUUCGUCAGAAACCCUCGGAGACCUCAGUCUUAAAGGUGUAGCUAGUAAUGCUACCGCUCCAGAAGAUCCCGCCAAAAAGGAAAUAUUCGCCAUUGCCAUCACCAUCCGCAACAAGGUAAAUGGUAGAUAUGUCGAACGACCAGUGGCUUUCAGCACAAAGGACAAAUGGGAUCUCGAGUAUACAUUUACCCAGUUUGAUAGUCCCGAGCAGGCGAGACAGAUCUACGCAGCGUGCCAGAGACGCAGGGAGCGUAGUCUGACAUUCGAGGAGGACGACGAGGAUAGCGCGUACCAUGCCAAGCUGUAUAGGCUCAGUGAGGAGGGCAAGGUUUGGCGGCAGAAGGAGGAUAAGAUUGAGCAGGAGACUGGAACGAUUGUUCUACAAUAA